AUGGGCAGUGUUGAACUACAUGUUCACUUUGUGUUUGGUAGUCAUUAUGCUGCGUCCAAAGGCAGAUACGAGAUCGGGAAGCUACUGGUUGCGGCGGGUGCGGACAUCAAUGCAAAGGACAAGGCAUUGCAGCUACCACUUCAUCGAGCUGCUACCACUGGCUCCAUCGCCUUCAUCAAUGUGCUCCUCCGUGCUCCGCCAGGAUCCGCCAAACCCCGGCUGAAUACUGGUGACCGCAUGGGGAACACACCUCUGCACCUGGCGAUGGAGUCCGCCCAUGCUGAAGCUGCGGUCACACUAAUCGAAGCGGGUGCGGAUCGAAGUCGAAUAAAUCUCGACGGACAAACACCUGAGCACCUGGAGGGCGUAGGCGGACAAGAGCAGAAACGAGCGCGAGAAUAUGUUGUCUCCCGGGUAGGUCCUGCGGAUGACUGA